AUGGAAUCCCUGUCUAUCGUCAUCAUCUUUACUUCGCUAGCAGUUAGUUUGGGAAAGGUCAUUGAUUUCACAGGGCAAAACUUAACAAGCGUUCCGAUAGAGUCCAUCACGCCAGACACCUAUAUUCUAAAGUUGUCAAAUAACAAAAUAAAUCAUCUCGGCUCUUUUAAUCAAGCUCCUGAAAUACGAUACCUUUAUGUCGACAACAACAAGAUAAACAGCAUAUUUCCACAGACGUUUCAAGGGCUUCGUGAGCUAGUCUACCUUGAUGCUGACAGAAAUGACAUAGCUUCUCUUCGUCGAUUCACUUUUUCCACACUCAAGACUUUGACCAAUCUCAUCCUCUCACAUAACUACAUUUCUCACAUGUCAGAACAUGCUUUUCGCGGUUUGGAAAGUUUGGAGUUUCUAGAACUCUCAGGAAACCGUCUAUCUGUAUUUCCGAUGCGGGCCAUCAAAUUAAUCCCCAGUAAACAUCUCUAUGUGGUCAUGCUUAGAUUAAACAACAUCAGCCACAUACCAAAAGACAUAAAAACGUUACGUCCUGGGGAGACUUCUUACGAUUUGCGAGGAAACCCUUUAAGCUGUCGUAAUGUGUUGGAGAAAAUGGUCGAGUGCUAA